CGGAUGAAGCUACACGGAAGGCUCCGGCCAAAGCCAAAGCAGCUCUAUUUGCACAAGGCUCGGCCUUGCCUUCGGGAACAGUACGCGUUUCGUGUGCUCAGUCCUCCUGCGCUGCUGCUACAAGCACCACCAUCGCAGUUGCCAGCGCUCCCACCAGCGCGCGCACGGACCGAGACCGGCAAUGGCGAGCUCGGCGCCUCCCUUCCUCCUCCUCCUCCUCCUCCUCUUCGUCCUCGUCGCCGCCGCCGCGGCCUCGGAGGAGCGCCCGCGCGUCACCCCCACCUUCAUCCACUGCCACCCGGCGCAGGCAACCGCCAACGCCAGCAGCGCCAAGAACGCAACGGCGUUCCAAGCCAACGUGAUGCCCCUCCUCGCCAAGCUCCCCUCCGCCGCCGCGCCCAUGGGCUUCGCGUCCCUGGGGUCCGCCGGAGUGGUCGGACGCGACCGCGCGUUCGUCCGCGGGCUCUGCUUCGGGCACGCCACGCCGUCCCAGUGCCGCGAGUGCCUGGCCGCCGCGGCCAAGAAGCUCGCCGACGCCUGCGGCGCCCGCGGCCGGCGCGCCGGCGUCUGGACGGACGGUUGUUUCGCGUCUUACGCCGACGCGAACGACUCCUCGCCCUACUCCGACAGCUUCCGCGCGCGCAUCAUCUCCGGCGCCGCCGCGCUCACCACCAGCACCUCCUACGAGCUGCAGAGCCUCGCCGACCUGGCGUGGCGCACGGGGCCGGUCGUGGCCACCAGCGCCGGGAUGCAGGUGGCCGUGGACUGGAACGCCGCGACGAGCGACUACAGGAAGAACAGCACGGUGCGCGUGCUGACGCAGUGCGCGCGGGACCGCAUGGCGGAGGAGUGCGCGUGGUGCGUCCAGUACUCGGCGCGGGUGGCGGAGACCUGCGCCUGGUCCUGGUGCCCCCGGCACUCGGCGCGGGCGGGGGACACCUGCUGCUGGGGCCUCGACGCGUGGCGCGACGGCGUGGCGGGCGCCGUCGUCGGCUUCGACUGCUACCUGCGCUUCAACGUCGCCGUCGCCACCGCCACUUCCACUGCGCCGGCGCGGGUGCCCCUGCUACAAAGGCUCGGCGAGCAGAGCACGCUGCACGCUCUCGUCUUCAUCUUCUUGGCUAUGGGUUGAUUGGAUCAACGAACCGGCCGCUGGGCGAUCUGCAGCAACAAUGUACCACUCCAGUAGUCUAGUCCGGGACAAGAGUCAGGACACCAUCUCAUUUCAUUUCCAUUGUGCGUCGUCUGUAAAUAAUCGUGCACUAAUGGAGGAGUAGUACUAGUA